AUAGGCGCAAAGUUGAUCUGGAAUGCUGGUUACCAUUGUUAGUGAAAAUUACUGAAAGCUAAGUUAGCCGGCAGGUAGACUUUGAAAACUUUCUUUCAUCUUCUUACCGAGAUGGGGAACAAUGCGAGCUCUGCUACCAAAACGGUUGCUCCAGUCAGCGGAAUUAUCAGUAGCGAUUCAGCCGAAACAGUUAAAGAUGCCGCCGCACCGGAGAUCAUUGGCUGCAGUAUGCAGUACCGCUACACACACGCUGACUACAUUGGCAAAGGGGCUUUUGGCAUUGUUUACAGAGCCGAAGUGACGCAUCCCGGCAGUUACAAGGGAGAGCAUGUUGUCGCUGUCAAAGUGAUACAACCUAAAGCUGCAGAUAGGGAAGACAGCUGGAAGGAUGCUUUGGCAAGAUUGAGAAAACUCGUUGAACUGUCCAACAAACAUCUGGUGGCUUACUAUAAAAUUUCCAUCUUCACCGCUCCCGGAGGAGUGACUGUGGAGCUGGCAAUGGAGCACUUCAAAGGAGACCUGGCCUCCUUUCUGAAGGAAGCUAUGGGAACUGAAGGUCUACUACUGAAGCGGUAUUCAAACAGAAAGAUUAUUAAGUUCACACUCCACAUCGCUCGUGGACUGGAGUUCCUACAUCGAAAUGGCAUAAUUCAUGGAGAUUUAAAACCUAAAAACAUCCUAGUUAAAGUCGUGAGAGACGAGCGGGAAAGGCUCCAGAUCGGCGAUUUAGACGAUUUAGUUCAAAUGCGUGAAAACGUUACUUGUUCCGGAGACAUGUCACGGAUCCGCGGCACAACCCGCUACAUGUCACCCGAAAUGCUAAGAAAAUUUUGCCCAAUAGCGACAGAACCACCAGGAAGGAAAACAGAUAUUUGGAGUCUAGGCUGCAUCAUUCUGGAAAUGGCUGAGUGCCUUAAUGGGGUAGUCACAAAGCUACUGGUCAAAGACAAGGAGAUUCUAGAAGCUGGAAACAGGAUUUCAAAUAAGCAGUAUGACAUUCUAAUCAUCGACGGUUUCGUGCCAUUCGUGGGCGACGACAUCGAGGACAAGAUGGCGUGGCUUAUCCGACAAUGUCUGCAUCCAGUCAGCAAAAACAGAAUGUCGGCAGAAGAAAUAGUUCAUGGUAUAAAGCAACAGAAAAAGCAAGUUAUAGUGCUUUUUCCCCAAGAAGGCCAUACCAUGGAAAAUUGUCUUAUAUUUGAACCGUUUUCUGGCUCUCUUGAUAUUCAGAAUUUACUCAGCCCACCAUCAGCAGUGGGUGAAUUUCAUGCCAUCUUGGAAGGGGAAAAAUCAGAAAUUGUGUUGGUACAACGAGAAAAGGUUGGUACGGUCGCAAACCAUGUGUUUCACAUCUGGAACUUGAUGGAAAGGAAAUGGCGCAAGACAGCACCGUCGCUGAGAUGUGAGGCUGAAAUACGGUAUACAAAAUUUAUUCGGAACAAAAUUUAUUUUUUGGACGAGAAAGGACAUUUUGCGGAAGCCGACGCUUCUACCGGUCGCGCAGUAUCUCUGGAAACUCCUCCGGAAAAUUGUCGUUUUCAAGUACCCGUUCAAGUGACCAAAUGUGGCCAGUGCAUAUUUUAUGCUACAGCAAGACACUUGUGUCAGUAUGACACUGUGAAUAAAGAUUGGAGGUCCCUACCGGAUUUGCCGGAGACUAGAACGUCAUUUGCAAUGGCUGCGAUAAACGGAUACGUAUACAUUUUAGGCGGGAUGUUCGUUGAAAGGGUAGACAAAAUUCGUCAGUUUAUUAGGACAGCUGACUGCAUUCGUCUGAACGUGCGCGCUGGUGCACCCGCAUGGGAGAAGAUAGAGCCACUCCCGCAACCGAGGAUGAAGCAUUCCGCUUGCGUAGUCAACGAUAGGAUAUACGUCUGCGCUGCUUCAGAGAUAAACGUUAAGGAUGCGCUCGCAAUGCAGUUUUACGACACAAAAAGCGACGCGGGAUGGUGUUCCGUUAACUUUUCGGAAAAGGAUAUCCAGUUGUUUUCGAAUUUUGUGGCAAAGAUAAACGCGCCGUGUAGAUUUUUAUCGGCAUUGUCAAUUAAUGUGGAUAGCGAUUUUGUGCUAGAUUUUCCCGGUUGAAUGUCAAUUAUUUUCUCAACAAGCAGUCGAUUUCCGAAAAUGUCUCGAAAUGUUAUUCUCGUGACA